AGCAAUUACAGCACCUUACUAUCUCAUCCCCAUUCCCCACCACCAUAAAUGCAAAUUGCAACCUACCUCUAACCCAUUCUUUCUUUCUCUCUCAAAAACUAUACACUCUUUGCAAUUACUCCUUUCUGCUUCUACUUCCCUUCUCCACCUGUUUCCAAUACCCUUCUUUUUCUCUCUCUCCACCUUAAAUCAUUUUCAAGUUUUUAACAUCAAAUUUUGAAUCCAGAUCUUAAUCCUCAUCUUCUUCCUCUGAUGGAAAUAUGAAGGUUGAAUUCAACAGAAUUUAAUUUUCUCAGAUCAUAUGAAGUGAAAAUUCAUCAGCAACAACAAAAGGAAUAAGGAAAUUAAGAGAAAAUAAUAAUCAAAUUGAAGAAAAAAUAAUAAAUUAUGUAUCAGCCAAAUAUGUUUGAAACGCACCACCAGUUACUAGACAUGGCUGCUGGACAUAAAAAUCCGGACAAUGAUUUGGGGAAGAUGAGAGAUGAUGAAUUUGAAAGUAGUAGAUCCGCUACUGAGAAUUUGGAGGGUCUGUCGGGUGAUGAUCAAGAUCCGAAUCAACGGCCCAAGAAGAAACGGUAUCACCGCCAUACUCAACACCAGAUUCAGGAGAUGGAGAAUUUCUUCAAGGAAUGCCCUCACCCUGAUGACAAGCAAAGGAAAGAAUUAAGUCGUAGAUUAGCGUUGGAGCCUUUACAAGUUAAGUUUUGGUUCCAAAACAAGCGCACUCAAAUGAAGGCCCAACAUGAACGAUCAGAGAAUCAGCAACUUAGAUCUGAGAAUGAAAAGCUUCGAGCUGAUAACAUUAGGUACAAAGAAGCACUUAACAAUGCUACUUGUCCAAAUUGUGGAGGUCCUGCUGCCAUUGGUGAGAUGUCUUUUGAUGAGCAACAGCUCAGGAUUGAGAAUGCUAGACUUAGAGAAGAGAUUGAUAGAAUAUCAGGCAUAGCAGCAAAGUACGUAGGAAAGCCCUUAGUGACAUACCCUCAUUUACAAAACCAAGGGCUACACUCACGUUCAUCUCUUGAUCUUGGAGUUGGGAGUUUUGGUGCACCAUCAAGUAUGGUAAGUGACAUUUAUGGAGGUUCAGCAGGGGAUCUCCUACGAACUGUAGCUCCUCUUACCGAGGCUGACAAACCUAUGAUCAUUGAGCUGGCGGUUGCAGCCAUGGAAGAACUCAUUCAAAUGGCUCAGUCCGGUGAACCUUUGUGGGUUCCUAGCCCUGAUAACUCUACUGAGAUCCUUAAUGAAGACGAGUAUUUUCGAAGUUUCCCUCGUGGGAUUGGGCCUAUGCCAUUAGGUCUUAAAUCUGAGGCUUCUAGAGAUUCGGCUGUUGUUAUUAUGAAUCAUAUGAACUUGAUUGAAAUUCUCAUGGAUGUGAAUCAAUGGUCAUGUGUGUUCUCUGGUAUAGUCUCAAGAGCAAUGACUCUAGAUGUUUUGUCAACUGGAGUGGCUGGGAAUUACAAUGGAGCGUUACAAGUGAUGACAGCAGAGUUUCAAGUCCCAUCACCAUUAGUUCCCACACGUGAGAACUUUUUUGUAAGAUACUGUAAGAAAAAUGCGGACGGUAGUUGGGUAGUGGUUGAUGUUUCAUUGGAUGGAUUGCGUUCUUGCCCUAUUCCAAGGUGUCGUAGAAGGCCUUCCGGUUGCUUAAUACAAGAGUUGCCCAAUGGUUACUCUAAGGUGACAUGGGUGGAACAUGUGGAAGUGGAUGAUCGAGCAGUACAUAACAUAUAUAGGGCAUUAGUAAACUCAGGACUAGCCUUUGGAGCAAAACGUUGGGUAUCUACUUUAGAUAUGCAGUGUGAAAGGCUUGCUAGUGUCAUGGCUACCAAUAUUCCUGCAACAGAAGGUGGUGUAAUAACAAGUGCUGAAGGGAGAAAGAGUAUGCUGAAACUAGCAGAGAGGAUGGUGAUGAGCUUCUGUGCUGGAGUGGGAGCAUCUACAGCCCACACGUGGACAACAUUAUCAGGUAGUGGAGCUGAUGAUGUUCGGGUGAUGACCCGAAAGAGCAUGGAUGAUCCGGGUAGACCACCAGGCAUUGUUCUUAGUGCUGCUACUUCUUUUUGGAUGCCUGUUUCUCCUAAACGUGUCUUUGAUUUCCUUCGUGACGAGAAUUCUAGGAGUGAGUGGGAUAUACUAUCAAAUGGUGGCCUCGUCCAAGAAAUGGCUCACAUAGCAAAUGGUCGUGAUCCAGGGAACUGUGUAUGUCUUCUAAGAGUGAAUAGUGCAAAUUCAAGUCAAAGCAACAUGUUAAUACUCCAAGAAAGUACAACAGAUGCAACAGGGUCGUAUGUAAUAUAUGCACCAGUUGACAUUGUUGCCAUGAACGUAGUUUUGAAUGGUGGUGAUCCUGAUUAUGUCGCUCUCUUACCAUCUGGAUUUGCCAUUUUACCCGAUGGGUCUGUUGGGUCCAUGGAAGUCGGGUCUGGUGGUUCAUUGCUAACUGUUGCAUUCCAAAUACUCGUGGAUUCAGUUCCAACAGCCAAACUGUCAUUGGGUUCUGUUGCUACUGUUAAUAGUUUGAUUAAGUGCACUGUUGAAAGGAUUAAGGCGGCUGUUGCUGGUGAUACUGCUUAAUCAAACUUCUCCAUUCAUCUGCUUUUCAUGGAUAUAUGCAGUAUGCUUGAUUAGUACGUAGAGGAGUCGUAAAAAUAUAAGCCGAGAAGGGGAAGUGUACGUUGUUUACAACUUUUGGGUUUUUAUAGUACGAUCCAUGGAGGAAGUCAAGAACGCACCUUUUGUGAUCCUCGUAAUGUAUGUAGUUAUGUUUAAAAAGGCUAAUAUUUCUCGAUUGAAAAGAACUUACCUUGAAACUAUCAUUACGAGGAAAUUGGGUUCGGGUAUUGACUUCACCAAAAAAUUAUUCAGUAAAACAAAGGUAAAUGGACUAAAAUAUGCCACCCUCCCUUAAUUAAUUGUUUUUGUAGCAAGUAAUUUUUGGCUAAUUAAAGCCUAAAUUAACUUGAACUUUAAUUUGUAGUUUGUUGCAUAAGAGUGUUUUGGUAAAUUAGGUUUAUCGUUGUGAUCUCCCCCUUCUUUUUUUAUGAGUAAAUUAAUGUAGGAGGACAUACAUUUGAAGCUUUGUUACUAACUUGUAAUUCGUGUACUCCAUGUCUUUUAUAAAAGGAUGUGAUCUUCAUUGAAUUUCUCACACUUAAAUACUUAAAUAGUUAAAGAAUCUAUAACUAUCAUCAUUAUUU